AUGGCCUAUGACCGCUAUGUUGCCAUCUGCAAGCCCCUGCACUACGGGAGCCUCCUGGGCAGCAGAGCUUGUGCCACCAUGGCAGCAGCUGCCUGGGGCAGUGGCUUUCUCAAUGCUGUCCUGCACACAGCCGCUACAUUUUCCCUGCCCCUCUGCCAAGGCAAUGCAGUGGAGCAGUUCUUCUGUGAAAUUCCCCAGAUCCUCAAGCUCUCUUGCUCAGACUCCUACUUAAGGGAAAUUGGGUUUAUUGUAUUUAGCUUUUGUUUAGGUCUUGGCUGUUUUGUUUUCAUUGUGGUGUCCUAUGUGCAGAUCUUCAGGGCUGUGCUGAGGAUGCCCUCUGAGCAGGGCCGGCACAAAGCCUUUUCCACAUGCCUCCCUCACCUGGCCGUGGUCUCUCUGUAUCUCAGCACUAUUAUGUUUGCUGGCUUGAAGCCCCCUUCCAUCUCCUCCCUAUACCUGGACUUUGUGGUGGCAUUUCUGUACUCAGUGUUACCUCCAGCAGUGAACCCACUCAUCUACAGCAUGAGGAACCAGGAGCUCAAGCAUUCACUGAAGAAGCUGUUUCAGUUGUCUUCUAGAAUCAAUUAG